CCCAUCUAUUCUUCAAGUGUAGAAAUCCCGAGAUAAAAUAAUGAAGCUAAGCGAGUCAAGAGGCGAUGCAGAGAAGCACAAGCGACAACAACACUUCGAACACGAUCUUAAAAACAUGAUCUCCUCGUUAACCCACAUGGGAGCAGACAAGGCAGGACCGAGCCAAUAUGGAGAAGAGGAGGAAGAUGGCAUAGGAGUCAUCACGCUUUCUGGAACCAACCUUGGAGCCACCAUGAAGACUGAGCUUGACGACAACCAUGCACACAACUACAAAAAUGGUGACCACGAGCUAGAUUCCCUGACCACUUUUGUUAACAGCAACUUUCAAGCUGUGAACAACUCGAUCAUGAUGGGGGCAAAGUACGAGACUCACGAUCCAGGCGUUCAUCUUGACAUCUCAGGCGAUGUGGAGAAGCCUUUGAUGAAGGCACCUGCAAGGGGGAAAAAGAAGGAUAAAAAUCAUGUUAGAAGAGAUCGUCGAGAAUCUGAACAUACAGAUUGAGUACUGGUGACUUCAAGAACAAAGCAUUUUGGCUUUUGUAUUAAUUCUCUUUUAAGUUCUUUUUUAUUCUCUAAAUAAUCAGAGAAUUGGUGCAUGUCACUUUACUUUCUCUUCAAGGUUGUUGUUUUUCACUUGCGUUUAUUAUUAAAUAAGUUUCUCGAUAUAAAUGAUUAAUAAUAUUAAGGAAGUUGCC